CAUAGUGUCAAAAAGUAGUCCUUAAAAGGGGACAAAUCAAAGCAACCUAACAAAGUAACAACACUACCUUCCUCAUAGUUCUUUCCUCCUAUCACACGACUUUGCCUUAAUUUUUCUUCUUUCUUCUAUAGACAAAAACACAAAAUUUCUCCUUAAAACUUUAACUACAUUUACUAGACUUUAGUUUAUGGAUAACCAAAGAACUACUCUUCUUAAUUGGGCUUACUUCUGCCAAGGCAAGAGCAUGGAUGAACUGAGGCAGACACUGUUGCUAACAACAAUGGAGUUGGAGAACACAAGGUUGAAAGCUCAAGAGGAGCUAAAAAUGAGGGAAAAUGAGAUAAUCCAGCUCAAAGAUAUGUUAAACAGAGCCAUUAAUGACAAAAAUGAAGCUCAAGAAAAAUGCCAAAGAUUGGUCUUGGAAAAACUCUUGCUCCAACAACAACACCAGUUUCAGCAAACAGGUCCAUUAUCUGGAGUUUCAAGCAUUGAAGAUGAACCAACUAUCAAAGGCUUAGUAGAAUCCACCACCACCAACAACAACAAUGGAAAUUUCUCUUCUUCAGAUUGUGAUGAAAGCAUUGUUUCUUCACCACAAGAGAAAGAACAGCAACAACAAGAUUUUCCCAUUCUUAUUGACAAACCAUUGCCUGAAAAUGGGAAGUUCUUGCAAGCAGUAAUGAAAGCAGGGCCACUUUUGCAAACACUUCUUCUUGCUGGCCCACUGCCUACGUGGCGCCACCCACCACCCCCCAUGGAUACCUAUGAAAUCCCACCACCUCCUGUUGUGAUCCCAAAUCAAGAUCCAAUUUUUAAUGCUUUUAACAAUUGUGGAAGACUAAACAAGAAAAGGGGUAGUGUUGGUGGUCUUUUUGAUGAUUGUGAUACUUCCAUUGGAACAAAAUACCAAAGGGUUGUGCUUUGAGUUUCAAUUUCUUGAUACAAUUUAGUUCUAGUACUAGUAUAAUAGUUUCAAUUUCCAUUUUGAGCCGUGGAAGCAGUAGAGUAGGCUAUCUAGAUCACACUUUUUAGGUGCGGCCCUUUCCUGGGAAUGUUUUGUGCACGAGGCUGUCCUUUGCUAAUAUAAUAUUUAAGGAAAGAAAAAGGAACUGAUUUGUAGAAAUUUUUGUACAAAAUUGAAGAGGUUUGAAUUAGGAAAGGUGAGGAGAUGAAGAUCUAGAUCUAAAUUUGACUUUUGUUGUAAGAGAAGGGGAAACAAAAAGAUUAUUGUUCUGAGCUA